AUGGUUAACUGAUAUGGUGAGCAGUGCUGUUUUCCAGUAACUAUUUGAAAGAUUAAUUUUGUAUAUCUUCAAUUGUUAUAUUCAUUGUGCUUCUCUUUGUAGAUCAGUGAUGCUACACUAUGGAAAAUAACAGUACUUGACCAAAAAAUCUUUGCUGCAGACAGUACCCUUUGUCAGGUGGUGAAACAUGGGGCAAGUACACAUAGAUUGUGGAUGAGCGAGAAGUUCCAUGGAAUUGCAAAAAUUCUUAUUCCAAUGAAUAUCACUGGACAUUGCUGGUAAGUCUAGGAUAUUAUUCAUACUGUACAUUUUUUUUUAUAAUAAAGUGGUCAUCUCUAAAAAUUUGAAUUAUAUUCUUUAGAUAAAUUAAACAUUUUACACAUGCCUCACGAGUUUGUUUGACGACAUGAAGCAAAAGUGUUCAAAGAUUUUACAUAAAAAGGAAUCUGCCCGUGUCUACAUUGAUCCUAUUUAUGGAAACAAAGAACCAAAUGAAAUAAUAGCAGCUUCCAAUCCCAGCCUGUAGAGACUUAUAAAUACCACAAGGUGAGUUUCUGUAUUCCCAGCACAACCUUGUGUUUCAUUGUUGUGAGAGUUAUGAAUGGCCAUUGUACUGGCCACAUUGUUUUUAUGAUUUUUCAGCUUUAUAUAUGAGUGAUUUAGUGACUUCAUGUAACAUAAACUUAACUGAACCUAACUUAACUGGUUCCAUCAACUGCCAGGAAUGAACAGUAAGACAAUGUUUAGAACUCAUUUUUGUAGCUAUAGCCAGUAGCACUAAUGACAAUGGUUCCAAUCUUUUUGUUGUGUGGCUGCUGACAUCAAAACAGGCGGGAAAAGUAAAGAGUGGGCAUGCCUUGAGCCACCCCAUUUUCAGCAAACUCAUGGAUUCAACCGUGGAGUACUUGUUUGAAAGGUAAUCUUUGGACUAUUAUAAAGCAUUAGAUAAGUGAGCUCAUCAGAAACCAAUACCAUCAAUAUCUUUAAAUUAAACAGUUAAAAUAAAACGAUGUCAUUCAAUAACAGUUUUUAAAGAAACAUAAUUAGAAUAUUUACAUUUUACAUCAACCAAUCUUACAUAUGUAUAACUGCAAGAUCUAUCGUUAGUUUGCCAGGAACUUGUGUGAUAACAGACCGAUCACAAAGGUCAAUGUUUCUAUUGAGAGAAUGAAGCUUCUAUCCAACCUGUUGGCAGCUGUUAUGAUGACAUUUUGAGGUACAAUAAAUAUGCCUUUCUUUUCAUUACAGUCACCACUGUGUAUUGUGUUUAAUCACAAAUAACAAGUUGAGAAUCAACCCAUUAUUUUGAACUUUUACUUCACUUAUUGGCAGUGGAAGGGACGUUCUUGUUUACAAGGUGUGUCAGAUGUAUGACAAUGAAGACUGGCUUGGCUGCAAAAGAUGCGGACAGUUCUUCCCUACUAGCUGUUUAGGAGUGAACUUUGCCAUGACAUUGCAAGAUCCUUUCUUUUAUUGUCCAUGA